GCGUUCAGUUGACGAGAGCGCAGUUCCCUUGUCCGAUUGCUACUUAUUGCGCAGAUUAUACGCCGCGCGGAUCACAUUACGAGCAGACGCUGCCCUAAUACAUAUUACUUUGUGCUUGAGUUAAGAAACGACGUGCGACGUGCGACUUGCGACUUGCGACGUCGGACGUCCUCCGUGCGUAGACUCAAUUGACCUGUUUUUUGUUCAACUGCGUUUCAAUUAAGCAUCGCCGAUAAAAUGCUGAAGUCGAUGGUAGAAAGCCAUGCCGCCAAUAGUUGUUAAUCAGUGUUAAGCCACCCCACACAUAAGCUCUGCAAAAUGCCAAAGGAGAACAAAGAGAUUCGACUCAGCCUCACAGUGGAGGAGCGGCAGGCAGCAACGAGCUGCCAUGCCAUGAUAACUGCCAAUGUCAUAGGAGGCGGUAAGCAGCUGCUGCUGGUUUUGCUGCUGCUGCUGGCGCUCUUAAUGAACACAUCCUGUGUGGCAUGCGCGCGCGAUCAUCGUAAACAAACAAAUCUGGAGGCCAAAGUUGGCUCGCAUGUUGUUUUCAAUUGUUAUAUAGAUUUCCCAUACGAUUCGCCCAUACCUUACAUCGUCCACUGGAGCAAAGAUAACAAGAAGAUCUUCACUUGGUACGAGAAUGAAACAUCCACCAAUGAGCUCUUCAACGGACGGCUGCACCUGGUCAGCUAUCCAGGUGACUUUGGCAGGGCCUCGAUCAAUCUGACUGCCAUACGUGAGUCGGAUCAGGGCUGGUAUCACUGUCAGAUCAUCUUUCCGAAUCGCUCGCCCAGCGUGCGCAACAACGGCACACGCUACCACCUGGCCGUGCAGGGCGGCUCGCUGAUCAAAAUACCACCUGUGAAUCAAACGAUUAUGGAGGGUCAGACGGCAUUCUUUCACUGCGUGAUGAAAUAUCCGGACAACUCGCAGGCCUCCUGGUACAAGGACGGCGUACUGCUGCAGGAGGUGCAAGAUCUGAUCCGGCGCUCGUUCAUGGGCCCCGACGGCAGCCUCAGCAUCGACCCCACCAUGAUGAGCGACCUGGGCGAAUACGAGUGCAAGGUGCGAAACAACGAAGGCGAACUGCAAACGGCCAAGGCCUUUCUCAACAUUCAAUAUAAGGCCAAGGUGAUUUAUGCACCGCCCGAGGUUUACCUGCCUUACGGUCAGCCGGCCGUGCUCGAUUGCCACUUCCGUGCGAAUCCGCCGCUGAAAAACCUGCGCUGGGAGAAGGACGGCCUGCUCUUUGACUCGUACAAUGUGCCCGGGGUGUUCUACAAGAUGAACGGCAGCCUGUUCUUCUCCAAGGUGAACGAGAACUAUGCUGGCAGCUACACCUGCACGCCCUACAAUGACCUCGGCACGGACGGGCCCUCGCCCAUCAUUAGCGUAAUUGUACUGCGCCCACCCAUAUUCAGCGUGACACCGAAGGCGAUUUACAUACAGAAACUGGGAGAGACGGCCGAACUGCCAUGCGAAGCCAUCGACCGGGACGGAAACAAUCGCCCAACCAUUGUGUGGAGUCGGAAAGACGGGCAGGUGCUGCCAGUGGAGCGGCACAGUUUUAGCGGCGGCAAUUUGACCAUCACGAACCUGGUCGAGACGGACCGGGGCAUGUAUGAGUGCUCGGCGACCAAUGAAGCUGCAACAAUAACUGCCGAAGCUGAAUUAAUGAUUGAGAACAUUGCGCCACGCCCGCCGUACAACCUAACGGCGAACAGCACAGAGACAUGCAUUACCAUACGCUGGCAGCCAGGCUAUCUGCGACCUAAUCUUGAGUACACAGUUUGGUAUCGACUCAGCGAGGCGCCGGAAUGGCGGACGCUGCGGGUCCUCGAGAAGACCCAGAUGGAGGCCACCGUGCAGCAUCUGCUGCCUGGACGAGAAUACGAAUUCAUGGUACUUAGCCAAGACAAAUAUGGCGACGGCAUGUUCAGUAAACAAUUCCGAUUCCAAACGCAACCCUCGCCGCAAGGGGCAGACUUUGAUGCGCAACAGUUGCAGCACCAGCAGAGUCGCCCAUCGACCAUUGGUGGACUGGGUGCACCGUGGAAUCUAAGUGUGCUGAGCACUCCUCAGGGCUGGCUGCUGCACUGGGAACAUCCGACAGUGGGGCUUGAGACGCUGCGACAUUAUUCUGUGCGCUGGUGGAAGGAGCCGGACCACUUCCUCAUCGGCACCGCUGAAACCUUUGACAACUUCUAUCAGCUGCGACAACUCAAAGAAGACGUCUCCUUCAAGAUACAAGUGCUCGCUGUGGGAGCAGAGAACCAGGAAGUGGCCAGUCCCGAACUAUUUCUCGAAGUUCCCUCGCAGCGGAAAGUGCGGGCUCUGAUAAUCGGUAGCUCAGUGGGCGUUAUAUUUCUACUCUGCGCUCUGUGCGCUUUUUUAUACGUGAAACGUAGCUGCCUCCUCCACCUUUUUGCCCGUGCCAACGGCAACGAAGGAGCCAGCUGCGACGAGGACACCGCCGAGAGUGGCGACUGUGACAGCGACCAGGAACGGGACAGCAACAAAAUACGCACAGCCUCCUGAGAGAUGCAGAUCACGUGGAUCUUCCAGCAUGCCAGCAGAAAGUCAGAGCUAAGCUUAUGCCAGGACAAGGAUGAGGAGAAUGAAUUUUAGAAUAACACUUUUGCCGAUGAUCGUUACUCAGUACUGCAUAAUACUGAUUUAUAAUUUAUUUCUAGUUUCUAAUUGUAAAAAUAAAUUUUACUAAUUCCCUAAUUCCUUAAUGUAAAGGUGAACUUUUAAACUGCAAACUAAUUAAACU